ACUUUUUUUUUUUUUUUGUAGCCAACUAGUCUUUGAAGUUUGAAGUUGAAUAACCAUCCUAAUAUGGUAAACUUUAAAUCUUCAAUCCUAAAUAGGGCACAAUAUUCAUCAUCAUCAUCCCACAAAGUAGCCAUAGUUAGUUUUUGUCUAUUGUUCACAUGCUUCAAUCUCAUUCUUGGCUAUCUUCUUCUCCAACCUGACAUUUCCCAUGUUCAACUAACUUCACCAAACCAACCAUAUAGAACUUCUUAUCACUUCCAACCACCCAAGAACUGGAUGAAUGAUCCCAAUGGACCAAUGAUAUAUAAAGGGAUUUACCAUAUAUUCUAUCAGUACAACCCAGAUGGUGCAGAUUGGGGUAACAUAGUAUGGGCUCAUUCAACAUCACUAGAUCUUGUCAAUUGGACACCCCACCCUCCAGCCAUCUCCCCAUCUCAGCAUGGUGGUGACAUCAAUGGUUGUUGGUCGGGCUCCACCACCAUUCUCCUCGAUGGCAAACCAGUCAUUUUACACACCGGAGUCGAUUCACAAAACCGCCAAGUACAAGUUUUAGCCAUGCCCAAAAACAUUUCAGACCCAUUGCUUAUUGAAUGGGUCAAGUCACCGCUUAAUCCACUAAUGGCACCAACUACAAUGAAUAAAAUCAAUGCAAGUUCAUUUAGAGACCCGACAACCGCAUGGUUAGGCCCCGAUGGGAGAUGGAGGGUGAUCAUUGGAAGCAAAAUUAAUCGCCGUGGACUAGCAAUUCUAUACACAAGUAAGGAUUUUGUGCACUGGAUUAAAUCUCAACACCCUCUUCAUUUUGCUGAGAACACUGGGAUGUGGGAGUGUCCUGAUUUUUUUCCGGUUUCGACUGAUAGUCAAAGUGGUGUGGACACAUCUAUGGUUGGAUUGGGAAUUAAAGAUGUGCUCAAGUUAAGCUUGGAUGAAACCAAGCAUGAUUACUACACUAUUGGAACAUAUAACAGAGACAAGGAUAUCUACAUCCCGGAUAAAGGAUCUGUGGAUAAUGAUUCAGGGUUAAGAUAUGAUUAUGGGAAGUUUUAUGCUUCAAAAACAUUUUAUGACAGUGUUAAGCAACUAAGGAUCCUGUGGGGUUGGAUUAAUGAAUCUUUGCCUCAACCUGAAUAUGUUAAACAAGGAUGGUCUGGAGUUCAGGCAAUUCCAAGGAGGAUUUGGCUAGAUAAAUCUAGAAAGCAAUUGGUGCAAUGGCCAAUUUCAGAGAUUGAAAUGCUACGCACAAACCAAGUAUACUUGCCUAGCACACUCCUCAUGAAAGGUGGAUCAACGGUUGAAAUUUCAUCUAUCACAGCAGCACAAGCAGAUGUGGAGAUAUCAUUUGAAGUGCUAGAAAUUGAAAAGGCAGAAAUAAUUGAUCCAAGUUGGACCAACCCACAAUUGUUGUGCAGGCAAAUGGAUGCAUCAGUUGAAGGUGGGCUUGGACCAUUCGGAUUAAAGGUUUUGGCUUCAAAGGACUUUAUCGAACAUACAUCUGUGUUUUUUAGAAUUUUCAAAGCUCAAAACAAUAAGCAUGUGGUGCUUAUGUGCAGUGAUCAGAGCAGGUCUUCGCUAAAUCAAAACACUGAUAAGACAACUUACGGAGCAUUCGUGGAAGUAGACCCUACUCAUGAGCAAUUGUCAUUGAGGAGCUUGAUAGAUCACUCAAUAGUGGAGAGCUUUGGUGGAGAAGGGAAGGCUUGCAUCACUGCCAGGGUUUACCCAACAUUGGCCAUUGCUAAUUGGGCCCACUUAUAUACUUUCAAUAAUGGAAGAGGGAGUGUAAGAAUCUCAAAAUUGAGUGCUUGGAGCAUGAAAAAAGCUCACAUCAAUUGAAACAAAUAAGAAAUUAAUUAAUUCUAGAUUUGGGAAAAAAAUGCUUAUGUUCUUUCAUCUUGUACACGUAUUUCUUCAGAUGCCUUUGUCGAAAGUUGUAACUAAAUCCUCAUUAGUUUAAAAGAUUUUAGAAAAUGUUAAAAACAACCUUUCAAAAUGUUGUUAGUAUUGAAAAAUACGUAAAAGCAGCCCCGGUACAGAGCCCGAAAACGGG